GAGAGAGCAGGCUCGUGCAGUGCAUCAGGCUAGGCUGCUGCUUAACAAGGAGACUCUUUAGGUACACAGCUUGUGUUGCUCUGCAAAAAUUUGGAUUCAUUCAAAAGCAGCUGUUGUUUUCCUGCGACUUCCAGCUGUUUGCUAAACUGGCAGUGAUCCUCAACAUCUCCAUGGAUCCCAUCUUAGCAUGUGUUGCUUCACAUAAAGAAACCACAUGAAAUGCCGGACUCCAACUCCUCAGGCGUCUUCAGCGACUUUAACGGCAGCACCAUGUCACCUGACGUGGACUGCCCACACAAUGGGAUCUCUUCAAACCCCAUCAGCGCCAGCCUCACAAUGACUCUGGGCAUCCUGUUCAACGUGGUGGCCCUCAUCAUCCUCAUUAAGGCCUACACCCGCUUCCGGCGGCGCUCCAAGGCGACCUUCUUGCUCUUCGCCAGCUCCCUGGUGGUCACAGACCUUACAGGACAUGUGGUCUCUGGAGGACUGGUGCUGAGGAGAUACUCCACAGCCAAUCUAACAUCCCAGGAGGUCCAAACGCAUCCAGACACUCCGUGUCAGUUCCUGGGAGGCUGCAUGGUGUUUUUCGGCCUGUGCCCGCUCUUUCUGGGCUGUGCAAUGGCUGCAGAGCGCUGCCUUGGUGUCACCAAGCCUCUGCUGCACGCACGGCUGGUGACCACAGCACGGACCAAAAUAGCCCUGUCUAUGAUCUGGUUCCUGGCUCUCUGCGUAGCCCUGCUGCCUGUAUUCCAACUGGGGGAGUACACUUACCAGUACCCUGGAACGUGGUGCUUUAUUAAGGUGAUGGACAAUAAUGCCAAAGAUCUGACCUUUGUGAUGCUCUUCUCUGGACUGGCUUUAAGCUCUCUCGCUCUGGCCUUCAUCUGCAACACCAUCAGUGGGAUCACACUUAUCAGAGCCAGGCUAAAGAACUCCUACUCACAGAGGUUCUCUGCAAGGUCUCAUGACACAGAGAUGGUGGUCCAGCUGGUUGGAAUCAUGGUCACCUCCUGCAUCUGCUGGAGCCCUCUGCUGGUGUCUUCGUUGAUGUCAGGCGUGCGUUCUUACAGCGAAUCCCACCUGAGCGAGGAGGUAACCUGCACUUACAGCAAACUCAUGAUGACCAGUGUCAGAAUGGCAACUUGGAAUCAGAUCCUGGACCCCUGGGUCUACAUCCUGCUGAGACGAGCCAUCCUACGAAAAAUCUACCGCAUCACCAAAAAGCAGGCCAGCUUCAAGGGGAGCACCUUUCGCUCCGUCCGCUGGGACGUCAGUUCGCUCCGCAAUAAUCCCCAGAAUAUCCCUGUGAAAAACAUUUAAAAGGAAGGAAGGACUGAGAUGUUGAACAGUGAGAUCAGUGUCACUGUCAUCCAUUUGGAGCAGAAGUGAGAAGCAGAACCAGAGCUAUAAGUUCUGCCUUUCAGAGCUCCUAUGAGUACACCUCACUCUGACUUUUGUAAAUAAAGUGAUUCUGGUUGACUAAAGGUAGCAUUUUACAUAGAUUUUCUAUGUAUGAGCAAACAUGGCGCUAAGAAAAAGGUGGAUCGCCCAAAAAGACAUUUGAUUCCAUCACUUGGGGAGCUUUCACAUCGAACACUGAUGGUUUCAUGAUCUACACUGCAAAAAAAUCUGAAUCUAGUUAAGUCAUUUUUUCUUAAAAUAAGUGUAUUUGUUCUUGAAUUGAGGAGGUAAAAGAGACAU